UUUAAAGGUCAGUGUUUGGCUUAGGGGUUCAUAUUCUCUUCUGCUCAUCAACUUGAUUAAAAGGUGGGGAGCCUCUAUGAAAAGAUUCAUUCGAAUGUAUUCAAGUAACAAGGCUUACAAAUUUCAUACAUAUUUUUAGGCACCAAGGGGUUCCACAACCUGUUAUAAAAAAAAAAAGGGCAGGAGUCUGACCAGAGUCUUGAUGACCUUACAGAUGACAGUUCUGAGGAGCUGGUUGCUGCCUUUCAUUUUGAAAGCUGUCAUUGAUUCAUGUAACCUAUUGCCCAUGAAGCUCAUAUUUCAGAAUGUGGGUGUUACAAUCAUCUACGUGUCUGCUGUGUGUUGCCAGUAAAUUGCAGGCAGUUAUUUUCCUGAAUUAGCACCUUAGCUGACAGCUUGUUUAUUGCUUUGAUAGCUGAGCUCAGCAACCAAAUAGCCUUUUAAUCUUAAUUUAGGGAAGUACAGAAUAGAAGGCAAUAAAAACUUUUUAAAAAAAAAACCCCACACCAAGUAAUCGAUUGACACAGCUGCUUAGAUUACAAUAAAGUAAAAGCCGUGUACUUUUGUUGCUCAUAGAUUUUCUAUAAUUAGAUAAUGAGCAAAGAGUUCCUUAGAAUUGCUGUAGUAAAUAAUUUACUUGGACAGUAAUAUAAGUACAUUUGCUUCUUUAGCAGGGCAAUUGUAACAGCGGGGAUUAAUGAGACCAGACCUGUAGAAGAUAUGUAAGUGCAGUACUUGAUCUUUGCACAUGAUGGAGCAUUGCCCUUUCUGUUUAUGAACUCCUGUUUCGCAUUCUUGCAGUUCUGCAUCGAGAAAAUUGGUCCUUGGUAUCCUUGUCUGCAUCAACAUGAGGCUUCUCUGUCUGCUACCUCUCCUGCUUCUGCUUUUGGUAACAAACACAUUGGAGAAACAACACAAGCGAGAUCACAGUGGGCAAAGGAGCAAAACAAAAAGGAGCCUGGAAGGAACAGAGCACCUCAAACCCCUCCGACGUUCAAAGAGAAGAUGGAUCCUAAGUACCAUUGUUUUGGAAGAGAACGAACCUGGGCCUUACCCAAAAUUAGCUGGAGAUCUCUUUAAUGAUCGGGCAGAAAACAUCUCAAUAAAGUACCUCAUCAGUGGCCCUGGAGUGGACGAAUUUCCGGAGGUUGGCUUGUUCUCAGUCAAUGAGCUCAAUGGGCAAGUGUUUGUUCACCGACCGAUUGACCGGGAGAAGACGCCUCUGUUUGUGGUGCGCUUUGAUGCCAUUGAUAGGGAAACCGGAUCGGUAGUAGAUAAAGCUCUCAUUUUUAACGUGGAAAUUAAGGAUAAAAAUGACAAUGUGCCAGAGUUUGUCAAAAAGGAAUACAACAUCUCCGUACGAGAAUCCUUUAAUUUAGAAAACCCACUUGUGCAAGUUUUGGCAGUUGACAAAGACAAGGAGGACACUGCAAAUUCAGAUGUGAGCUAUACUGUGGUCUCCCAUUCUCCUUCGCUUAAGGAUCUAUCAUUCAAUAUUGACCCCAAAAACGGCCUGCUCCGAGGCAAAGGAUGUCUAAGUUAUGAGAAAGCCAGUCUGAUUAAGGUAACUGUGCGUGCGUAUGAUAAUGGGAUUGUAAAGUUAUCAUCCACCACUACAGUCAGCAUUCAUAUAGAGGAUGGAAACAACCACCUGCCUGAAAUCAUCAUGUCAGAUUACAAAGUCACAGUCAAAGAGGAAGAAGUAAAGAAUGACGUACUGCGGAUAAAAGUAAAUGAUAUGGACACCCCACAAACCCCAGCAUGGAGGGCAAAGUAUAAAAUCAUAGCUGGUAAUGAGAAGGGAAAUUAUAUUCUGACCACAGACCCGGUGACGAAUGAGGGGAUCCUCAGUAUCCAGAAGCCUCUAGAUUUUGAAGGAACCCCAUUCAAGAAAGUGGUCAUCGCUGUUGAAAAUGAAGAACUGUUGUUUACAUGCCUGAAUUCUAAAGUGAAGGUCAACUCAUCCCCAGUGCUGAACAACGUCACCGUCAGUAUUACAGUAUUAGACAACAACGACGCCCCCAUCUUCAGCCCCCUGAAUCUAAUUGUUAGGGAGAAGGAAGGUCUGAAGGCAGGUACUGUCCUGGGGAAACUCAAUGCAACAGACCCAGAUAGGGUGCCGAACAAGAUCAGGUUCUACAUUGCCAACGACCCGGCAGAUUGGGUGACUGUGGAUGAAAAUACUGGAGUCAUAACAACUAAGAAAGAACUGGAUAGAGAAUCCCCUUAUGUAAAUAAAACCUUAUACGCCUGUGUGAUUCACGCUAUAGAUGAUGGAGACCCAUCACAGACAGGCAGCACCACCAUCUCACUCUUUGUGUCAGACAUCAAUGACAACACACCAUAUCUGCUGUCCCCAUACAUGGAAGCUUGUGAGCAACUCCAGACCCCUUCAGUUCCAGGCCCCAGGUCCCUCUCCAUCCGUGCCUCCGAUAAGGACUUGGAUCCAUACUCCGGGCCUUUUCAGUUUGAACUGGCAGACAAUUCACCAUAUACAAAAGAUAACUGGAAAAUUGGAAAAACGAAUCCUGAUGAUUCUGUUGACCUUUUAAUGCUGAGGAAACUCCCAAAGGGUAACUACUCUGUGCCGUUGAAUAUAUACGACCGGCAGGGUACUUUGGAGAAACAAACCCUCAAUAUCCGCAUCUGCAACUGUCCUGAUGGGCAGAAGUGUGAGAAACUACAGCCUGCAGAACAUAACAUGAGCGGGGGGGCAAUCGCAAUUAUAUUUGUGGCUUUGCUGCUCUUCCUAAUUGCUUUCUGCUUCUUGUUUUCUACUUUCUGUGGGUCCAUAAGAAACAAAGGCCUGGUGCUGAAUGAAGAAGGCAAUCAGACGCUCAUCCAAUACAACGAAGAAGGCGGAGGCUCAAUAACGAAGGCAGCCCCUGUCGUCCUCACUAGCAAUGGGAACCUGGAUUUUGGCUCCAAGGAUUUGGCUGGACGCACCCCAUCAGGAGCAGCACUUAGGGCACAGUAUGAUUCCUGGCAAAUAGAUGGAGCUGCUGUUUCUGCAGCAAAGCACCACGUGCAAAACCCAAAUUGGAAUCGGGACGCACUCUCCAGCAUUCGUAGCAAUCAGAACAACAUGUGGAAAGGGGACGCACUCUCCAGCAUUCGUAGCAAUCAGAACAACAUGUGGAAAGGGAGCUUGGGUGCCCAAUCACAGACAGAGAAUAGCAGUAUGAAGACUGAUUUGGCUGGACGCACCCCAUCAGGAGCAGCACUUAGGGCACAGUAUGAUUCCUGGCAAAUAGAUGGAGCUGCUGUUUCUGCAGCAAAGCACCAUGUGCAAAACCCAAAUUGGAAUCGGGACGCACUCUCCAGCAUUCGUAGCAAUCAGAACAACAUGUGGAAAGGGAGCAUGGGUGCCAAAUCACAGACAGAGAAUAGCAGUAUGAAGACUGUAAGUAUAAAACCACAAGAUGUGGCUGGACGCACCCCACCAGGAGCAGUACUAAGGGCACAGUAUGAUUUCUGGCAAAUAGAUGGAGCUGCUGGUUCUGCUGCAAAGCACCAUGUGCAAAACCCAAAUUGGAAUCGGGAAGCAUUCUCCAGCAUUCGUAGCACGCAGAACAACAUGUGGAAACGGAGUAUGGGUGCCCAAUCACAGGCAGAGAAUAGCAGUAUGAAGACUAACAGCAAAUAUCUCCAGUCUGGGUGCCUGAAGAACAAGCCAAUGGGAUUCUUCAUUGACAGUGUUGGAGAAAUGGUGAAUCAACGGCUGCAGGGAUUGGCUGAGCCCCCCAAGAACCCCCCAUACAAGCCUCGUGUUUAUGCCUACGAGGGCGAGCUGGAACGGAUUGACUCCCUGGGAUCCUUCUCCAUUGCAGAGAGUGAGCUCGACUGGAGGUUUCUGGAUGAUUUGGACCCAAAGUUUGCAAAACUGGAAGAGAUUUGCCGCCAGCCCCUCUAAUACUAAUCUGCUGGGGGCAAUUACAAUUUACUUUAUCUGAAAUAAGAAGCUAAUGAGUUAGGCCUAGUUUACUGGACACCUAAGAGGGUUUAUUGACAUUUUAAGACAGAGUUCACCACUCUUAUGUGCUUGGUCUGAGGCCUACCCUAGAGUUAUUUGUGCUCUCCUGCACUAUAAAAAACAGAAUUUACUGUUUAUAAAAUGGAAAUAACAACCUUAAAGUUACAAGAGGCAGCUUAUUGCUGUUCCUGGUGAUGUGCCAUCUGAGGUUCUCACCAUACUACAUGACAGAGUUCACCCUGUAGACACCAGCAUAUGUGUAUAUAUAUUAAUGGUCCGUUUGGUAUGUGCUGAUAUUAUAGUUAAUGUAAAUGUGUAUAUAGCGGGUACAAGUAAUGUGGGAUAUGCUUUCCCUGGAGGUUCUUUUGACUUCUGAAGACCAGAAACAACCUGUGAACAUACAAUUUAGUAAAGAGCUUUUCAUUGCAGUUACUAUCCAGUCAUGUGCUGAAUGGGGGCAUUAACAAACAAUAAGUAGGGCAUUUUUAAAGGAAGGGAUUGGAAAGGGUGCCCUGUUAUGAAAUCAGUUAGCAGGAGAUACGUGAAGGGGUGAGAAGCAGUAAGAGUACAGUGUUGUAUUGUUACCACUAGAGGGUGCUGUUGAGGAGGAAUGUGUUUGGGUCAGUUAAUUCUCUUGCUUGUGGGAAAGCAGAUUCAGUGCAUAUGAGAGGAAGGAUAGGCCCCAAACAUGUGCCAUGUGAUACUCUUCCCUUCCCUAGAUUCACUUUGCUGUCCCUUCUCUUUAUUGCAAAAACUGGGAUUGUGGCAGUUCCCUUUAGUUCCAGGGUGGGGUGUAGUGAUAUGACAACAGUGAUGGAGUGAGUCAGAGUCUUUCCAGAAAGCAAGCUGUGUAUUAUACCAUAUGCAUAUUUGAUAUUGAUUGUAACUGUUACUUUCAUUGUUUUGUUUUUUUUACAUAAAUCCCUUUCAUACAAA